ACUAUUUCGAAACAUAACAGGCAAUAAAACUCUUACUUGAUUGAAUGCCAUAAAAUAUAAAUAUUAUAAGCAUAUUGCUUUAAAUUUAAAAUAAAAAACAGAAAAGUAUUAACAUCUUUAUAUAAAAUGCUGUUUAAAAUUAUCGUAGGUGUCAUUGUCGUAAGUGCGAACGUCGCGACACGUCGCGAACAUAACCCCCUCCGGGUGUACAAAGGAGAAGCGGACUCGGGGAAUGAAUUCCCUUUCGUCGUGCUAUUCCAGAAGAAGAAACCACCAUACUUUAGAGUGUGCACUGGCAGCCUCAUCACCGAAACUUUGGUCCUCACCGCAUCGCAUUGCUUGACGGUUCCCAAUGUUCGUCAGUGCAUUAUAAGAUACGGGGACUUCACCGUGCCGGGUAAUGAAACAAAACUAUAUAGCAAGAUAAUUAAAGCGUUUGUUCCCAGAAGUGUAAAAGAAUUCAGAAGGAUAAUUGACAUCGGAAUAGCUCUGGUCAAAAAGAUUCCUAAUCCACGUGCGAAGUUGUUAGCACUCGACUAUAAAACUUUGUAUGGUUUACCAGCUAAAUAUGCCGGUUUUGGCAGAAUAACUGACUUAGGUGUUAAACCAGAUAGAAACGAAGGUUACAAUCUUUCUUCAGUACCUCUUCAAGUAGGCGAGGGCAUAAUAGUACCUUGUACAAAUGGUGUAAUUCCUGUGUAUACGGUGUGUGUUGCGUCAAAAUGCUCCAAAAGAUGGCAGGCGACCCGUAAAGGGGACUCCGGGGGCCCGCUCGUCUACAAUGGCCGUAUCGUCGGGGUCGUCAGGGGAGCUACUUAUGGUCCUACUGUAUCAUACACAUUCUCUUUAGUUAGUUCAUAUUUGGAAUGGAUUCAAGGAGUGAUGCGAUUUACGGUUACAAAUAAAAAUAAUAAUAAUAAAAAGUUAUUUACUGUCGCAAAAAAAAAAUACAGCAACGAACAAAGGCAAAAAAUCACACAAGCACAAUAGGGACAAUAGGGUGUUAAGUCCAAUAGGGUUUUUGACUAUAUUAUUCCAAAAAAUAAAUAAAUGUUUAUAUAUUUUAUAUCUGCCUGUUAAAGUAAAUAAUUAUGUGUGAAAAUCGUGAAAGUUUAAAUCGGAACUUAAUAUUAGACUCGUUGCCCGGAGGUUGAUUAUUUCAAAUAUCAAACAUUUAUUCAGCAAAUAGGCCUCAAGGGCACUUUUACAUGUUCAUUUAUAUAAUCAAUAAAAAUUCCAAAAAACAAUUACAAAUAUGGAAUCGAUGAAAUAAUAUAUACUAUUAGAAAUGUAUACUGUCUCUAAAUGUCAAAUUACACAAAAAAAAACUCUUCUUCUUCUUUUUCCGAGCCUAUUUCCCAUGUCUCUUGGAGUCGACCCUUCUAGUCCUAAGACGCCAUUCUGGGCGUUUUUGUGCAAUUUCGGAUUUAAAAUCCGU